AUGGCAGCUCAAGUCCCCACUGAAGCUCUCAAGGAGCUCAACGUGGCCGAUGGCUCUCAGAAGCCCGGCGCGAACGCACAAUCAAACACCGACGCUGCCGGCGACGAGCACGGCGGCGAUGAUUCCGAAGACGAAGCCGAUGGUGCCGCCCCUGGCGAGGGAGCCGGCAAGAAAAAGAAGAAGAGAAAGCCCAGAAAGAAGAAGAAGAACCCUACCAGCCAGAGCGACCCUCCUCGAGUUCAGGUCAGCCAGUUGUUCCCUAACAAAUCCUACCCUCCCGGAGAGGAGGUCGAGUACAAGGACGAGAACACCUACCGUACCACCGACGAGGAGAAGCGCCACCUCGAUAACCUCAACGCCGACUUCCUUGCCGAUUACCGCGAGGCUGCCGAGAUUCAUCGCCAGGUGCGACAAUGGACUCAGAAGAACGUCAAGCCUGGACAGACCUUGACCUCGAUCGCCGAGGGCAUCGAAGAUGGUGUUCGCGCUCUUACCGGCCACCCUGGACUGGAGGAUGGCGACAGUCUCAAGGCUGGUAUGGGUUUCCCUUGCGGUCUUAGUCUCAACCACUGCGCCGCGCACUACACUCCCAACGCCGGUAACAAGAUGGUACUGCAGAAGGAGGACGUCAUGAAGGUCGAUUUCGGUGUCCACGUCAACGGCCGCAUUGUCGAUUCUGCUUUUACCAUGUCUUUCGACAACAAGUACGACAACCUUCUCCAGGCCGUCAAGGAGGCCACCAACGCCGGUAUUGCCGAGGCCGGUAUUGACGCUCGCGUUGGCGAGAUUGGAGCUGUUAUCCAGGAGACAAUGGAGAGUUUUGAGGUUGAGAUCGACGGAACCACCUACCCCGUCAAGAGUAUUCGCAACCUUACAGGCCAUAACAUUCUGCCUUACAGCAUCCACGGCACCAAGGCCGUGCCCAUCGUCAAGAGUAACGACCAGACCAAGAUGGAAGAGGGCGACGUCUUUGCCAUUGAGACCUUUGGCAGUACCGGUAACGGAUACGUCCGGGACGAUAUGGAGACGUCGCACUACGCGAAGCGAGGAGACUCCUCGCACGUUGAUCUGCGCUUGAGCUCUGCCAAGUCGCUUCUCAACGUGAUUAACAAGAACUUUGGCACCUUGCCUUUCUGUCGCCGAUACCUCGACCGUAUUGGUCAGGACAAGUACCUGCUUGGACUUAACAACCUGGUCAACGCUGGUAUCGUCGAAGCGUACCCACCCUUGUGUGACAAGAAGGGCUCGUACACCGCUCAGUUUGAGCAUACCAUUCUGAUCCGACCCACCGUGAAGGAGGUCAUCAGCCGUGGAGACGACUACUAA